AUGGGUUUACCCAAAUCUUUAUACAGGAAGUUACUCAUAGAUUGCCCAACGAAGGUCAUUAAUGACAAUUGUAGCCAGCGAGUCAAGGAUGUUUCUCCGCUCGUCACAAACUUUGAAAAAUGGUCUGAUAAGCGAAGAAAGCUUUAUUUUAAAGAUGAAGAGGAAAUGGUAGUGCGUUACCAAUUAAAAAAUUUCAAUUUAAGAAAUAACGUGUAUGGUAGGCUUUUAGCUUCUCCAAUGAGAGCAGAAAAGAUCUCAAAACUAAAAUCUUGCAGAGAGCUACUAAUUCCAUUAAAAGUGGUACCGUCAGUUGAUAAAGAUCAGUAUGCCGAUAAAAACAAACUUAAAUUGGUACCUACACUAGACUAUUCCAAGCCAUACAAAAGUUCAUACAUAUUGAACUCAGCAUCCAUUGUAAGAGACAACUUGGCGGCUGCGACGUCAUGGUUUCCAAUCUCAGUAUUGCAAAGAUCAACUCCAAAAAGCCUAGUUGUGGAUACCUCUACGUUUUUAACAGAGUACAACACCCACCUGCUCGAAUUUAUAAAAGCAAGACUUUCAGGAAUGCCGAAUGUUGGACCUUCUUCGAGAAAUCGUGUUUUACUCACUUGUGACAAAGGAAGGACACCGCCAAUUGAAAUACAAGAAAUUAAAGAUAGUGACGGGCUGCCAAUUGCACAGUCCGUCUUUAAUCUCGGCUAUUUCCAGGCACCAACCCUAGAAGCUAUCAUAAAUAAAGAUACAAUCGCUAAGGGAAUUUACCUGGAUGCUGAUAAUGACAAGGACCUCAUCGGGCAUCUUUAUAGUGCACUAUUGUUUCAAUCAGGUAACUGA